GGGCUCCGCCGGCCCAGCACUACCCCCGUCACGUGAUGAGAGACAGCCCUGUCACGUGACGCGCAGCGCCUCCCCGCGCUGUCAUGUGGAGCGGCGCGCUUCCUGCCACGUGACGCCGACCUCCGCCGGAAGUGAGCCUUCCCGCGCAGCCGCCAUUUUGCUCACUCCUCGCCGUCCGCCAUCUUGUCCGGUGGAGGCGUCGCGUUGGAGUUUCGAGAUUUUUAGUCAAAAGUCGCUGAAAAGAGGAAAAAAGAGAGCGUAUUUAGUUAAGUUCUUCUCUGUAAGCGAGACAAGUUGUCGAUAAUGAGAUAGAAUCACAGAAUCAAACGCAGAAUUACGGAUUUAUUGCGAUAUGUUGAGUCACCGGACCCCCCCCCUCGAGAUGUCGGAGUCCGAGGAGAAUGGAGAGGGCCCCCCCAAGGGGCUGUCCCCUUUGGCCGAAGCCAUGGGGCAGCCCCUGGGUUGGUCGGGAGCCGAAAGCAACGGGGGGGUAACGGACGGCGGGACCCCCCCGGGGCAACGGCACCGCCGCCCCCCCCACACCAAGCACAAGGGACAGGGGACGGGGGGGGUCCAUCGCUCCCCCCGCGCCCUCUUCUGCCUCCGCCUCAACAACCCCAUCCGCAGAGCGGCCAUCAGCAUCGUCGAAUGGAAGCCCUUCGACAUCCUCAUCCUCGCCACCAUCUUCGCCAACUGCGUGGCGCUAGGGGUCUACAUCCCAUUCCCCGAGGACGACUCCAACGCUGCCAACCACAACCUGGAACAAGUGGAGUACGUUUUCCUCAUCAUCUUCACGGUGGAGACGUUCCUGAAGAUCAUCGCCUACGGGCUGGUGCUGCACCCCAGCGCCUACAUCCGCAACGGCUGGAACCUCCUCGACUUCGUCAUCGUCAUCGUGGGGAUGCAGGACGCCAUGGGGCACGAGCUGCCCUGGAUUUACUUCGUCAGCCUCGUCAUCUUCGGCUCCUUCUUCGUCCUCAACUUGGUGCUGGGGGUGCUGAGCGGGGAGUUCUCGAAGGAGCGUGAGAAGGCCAAAGCGCGCGGCGACUUCCAGAAGCUGCGGGAGAAGCAGCAGCUGGAGGAGGACCUGCGGGGCUACAUGGACUGGAUCACGCAGGCCGAGGACCUGGAGGGGGACGAGGACGAGCAUGAGAAGCACCGCCUGACCACCGAGGAGCUGAUGGGGAAGAGAAAACCUCGCCUCAAGUGGCUGCGGCACGCCAGCCACUCCACCGACACCCACGCCAGCCUCCCCGGCAGCGAGACCACGUCGGUGAACACUGAGACAGCAGCUGAGGAGGAGGCGCAGCCCAACGCCUGCGACCGCUGCCUGCACUGGGCGUCGCUGAGCAACCUGGUGGGCUCGCUGCUCAACUCCAUGAAGUCCAUCGCGUCGCUGCUGCUGCUGCUCUUCCUCUUCAUCAUCAUCUUCGCGCUGCUGGGCAUGCAGCUCUUCGGCGGCCGCUUCAGCUUCGACGAGACCCAGACCAAGCGCAGCACCUUCGACACCUUCCCCCAGGCCCUGCUCACCGUCUUCCAGAUCCUUACUGGGGAGGACUGGAACGCGGUGAUGUACGAUGGGAUCAUGGCGUACGGCGGCCCCGUCUUCCCCGGGAUGCUCGUCUGCGUCUACUUCGUCAUCCUCUUCAUCUGCGGGAACUGUGCGUGGGCACUGGGAGGCACUGGGAGGCACUGGGAGCACUGGGAGGGGGCACUGGGAGCACUGGGAGGGGGCACUGGGAGCACUGGGAGGGGGCACUGGGACCUCCCCUCCCCCCCCUGCCCUUAG